AUGCAAGAAAUCGAUUUCAAAUGCUUAUUUCAGAACGCCACCUACCCAGCCAAAGCAUCAAUCCAAUUUAGCAAUUGUUUAAACGUGCAAAUCUCCGAAGUCCCUUCAGGGUUUUCUCCAUUCGAAAACUCCUCACAAUCCGAAACAUACACAAUUACCAACCCCGUCUAUCAGCUUAUAUACGACAAACCUUCCGAAACACUAACUUUUAUUUUUAACUUAAAAGAAAUGCACAAGCUCGGCAAAGCCCUCAUGCAAGAAAUUGCUAAUACAAUUGAACAAAAAAUAAACCAAAUAAACUUUCACUCUGUGCUUAUAUCAAAUAGAAUUGAGCAAGUAGUCCAAGAAUUGUCAAAUUAUUUUAAUAUUUCUAUGCAAACUUUGACUCAUGAGUCAUCAACUGUGCUAAUUAAGACCAGCAAUAAAGAAAUUUCAUUGACUACAAAAAUUAUUAAUAACAGAGAUGGACCAAAUAAAGAAGGAAUUCCACAGCCUGCGCUGAUUGCACAUCCUUCUUUAUUGACUGCACAGCUGUAUGAAAUUUAUUGAUAUAUGAGGUGUCCUGUAAACUUGAGCGAAAUUUAUAGGUCAUUGUGCCUAUCUGCGGAAUUUCAGUUAAUUCUGGAUGAGUGUUUGAGUGAUUUUGCACAUUUGGCUGGGAAAAAUUAUGUGCCGUAUUCGUAUCAGGCUGCAGGAUUUAAGUGUAUGGCUAAUAGUUUUGAUGAAGUAAAAAUCUGCUAUAUGAACGUACAUAUGGUUUCUAUUAGAAUUCAAUCUUUCAGCACAACCCUAGAAAUUGCAGAUAUGGGACUAAUUUACCCCAAGCUGAAACCUAUACACAAAUUCGCAGAGUGUUUGCACCAUUUAGUAACUAAAACACUAGAAGAUCCUGAUCUGAAAGGAUACAGUAAUACAAUAAAAAUAGGUGACAAAGAGCCUCUAUAUCAGACUUUAGAGCUUCAUAAGCCUCAGCAUGUAAAGCGAGCUUUAUCAUUUAUUUUGAAUUUUAUAGCAUCUAUGCAUGCUUUGUUGUCAUCGAUGAUUUUUUUGAAUAGAAAUAUUAAUGAGCUUUUCCCAGGGGCACAAGUAGUUAAGCAAGGGGCGUUGGAGGCAGCAGCGAUAUUGAGCAGAAUUGGUGAGUUUAGGUUUAACUUUAAAAUAAAGCUGUCGAAUUCAGAGACUCAACAUGGAUAUAUAGUAAAUUUAGUACUGGAUAUCGAAGCAGUCCCAAAGAAAGACAUUGAAAGGCAACGUCUCGAAAGUAUGCGCUUCAUCUAUAUCGAAUAUUUUCGCCAAAAAAUUUUAAAUGUUUACAAAGUGAUACCAGAAGUCCUAAAUGGUUUUCUUAUGAGUUUUCUAACACCAGUUCAUCUUCUAAAACAAAUUACAGAUUUAAUGGAGGAAGAGCUAAAAAGUAAUUCUUUUGAAAUUUUAUGGCACAAUUUUGAUGCCAAGCAAGAAAGGGUAGAUUUUUCGGUCAGAAUAUGGAAGGGCACCCGUUAUCUAGAUAUAAAAAUUUCAAUUGAUGGAAGAGCUCCAAAAAUCACAACAAAUUUAAAAGCGGAUUUUCUAGUUAAUAUAGUCAGCAGCCAGCCUACAUCUUUGCAAAUAAUUCAGUCUCUACUUACUUACUCCUUUGAGGAAAUUAAAUCUAAAUUAGAAUUUUAA